AUGUUGCAAGUGAUAGAAGAUCUGUCUACAAGCCUUGUUAACCUUGUUCGUAGUUUGUGUCUCAUGGUGUAUAACUCUUCCAAGUCCACUCAAGUAAGCCAGACCAUAAAAUGGUAAGUAGACUUUAAUUCAAAAUUUUCCCGUCCGGUCUAAAGCGCCACAGACGAACAAGUUUACGUUCUCGUGUGUAUGGUCAACAAGUUUUCCUUGACAAGUUUACUUUCUCGUGUGUACGGUCAACAAGUUUUCCUUAAAAAGUCAGUUUACCUAGCUUCUCGUGUGCACAGUCAACAAGUUUUCCUUGACAAGUUUACUUUCUCAUGUGUACAGUCAACAAGUUUACCUUCUCGUGUGUACGGCCAACAAAGUUUUUUUUGACAAGUUUUGUUGCUCUUGUGCACGGAGUAUUAUAAACAUUUACUCUCACGUCAAGUUCGCCUUUUCAUUGCCAAAACCAAAGAAGUAUUUUUUGUGCAUUUGUCAAGUUUUCCUUAGUGGGCCGUACACGCGAAAAAAUUUUCCUUGUCCGACACCUGGCAUGACUAUAACUUUGGAACAAAGCUCGCUUUAUAUAGGCAAGAAAAAUUGUCAAUGUUUUGCCGCGCACAAGAGCAAAUAAAACUCGUCAAGAGGUCAUCUGUUGUCAAGUUCUAACCACAAAGAACCACAGAUUCGAUUCCUGCCCAAAGUUAUCAUUCAUUUUUCACAUCUGCUCUUAAGUCUAACAAAAUCUACAAAUGACGUCGACACUUCAACGAACUGAAUCUAAUCUUUUCUCAAGUUCGUCCUUACAGGAACAAACGUCUUUAGUAUAAUUCAUCUGUUACAGCACAAACACGGGCUUGCAAAAAGGUAGACGAAUAAGAAAAGGGGAAAAUGCGAACAGACAAGCACAUGAUGACGGAUUCGACGCUUAUUUUCAGAAUGUGUUUGAUAAUACUGAAUACGAAGCAAAAGAUAAGGUAAUAUAUUGUUCGUGUUAGAAAUUUUACAGCGUACGUAUAAUUGUUUGUUGGAUUUUAGGGGACCAGAGAAGGUAGCAGUUCGGAGGUCAACACAAGGCAUUUUUUUAAUACCAUGGACUGGUGGGGCGUUUGCCCCACUGGGCCCCUUCCUCUGCCCCACCACUGAAGAAAAAAAAUGGCAUAUUGCCCCAAAGCCAAGGGCCCUAGGACCUGUAUUGAGUAGCCUACACGAGUUUAACAUUGAAAAGACGUUUAAAAAACAAAAUUUGUUGGUGAGCAUACUUAAACUUAUGUUGUGUUUGAAUGUUUAGCCUGCAAUUUAUUACAAAUUUCACCAUUAGAACUUUGUUUUGAGAAGCGGAGAUUUAAAAAAAGUGUUCUCAGAAUGCAGGAUGGAUUUCAGAGAUGUACAUUUUAAAAAUUUCCUGGGAGGGCAUGCUCCCAGACCCCCGUAGCUAACUUUUGCCUGCCGGCUCGGCUCACGGCUCACGGCUUCGGCGAUCGCAUACUAUCCUGGGGGGAGAGCAAGGAAAAUGGGCCCUUUGGCAGUUUUGCCCUACCACUGAAGAAUCCUUAAAAAAUGCACUGGGUCAACAUGAGAAAUGUCGAGACUUAUAAUAUAUUUGCCUUCAGUGGUUCUGUUGCUUUGCAGGAUGAGAUAAAAUUCAACCAAGCAAAAAUUCCAAAAAUACAUCACCAGGCAAGACAUUGUAGGGUAGCGAAGAAAGAAAGCAAAGUAUCUAUGAAUCAAAUCAAGGUUUGGGAAAAAAUAUGCACCAAAAUAUGUCGACAUGCAUAAAAAUAUAUGAAUUUAACAUUAUGCAGAUUCAGGAGACAUGCUCUUUGUUUUACUAAAUUCAAGGUUCAAUUACGGCAAAAAGGUGGGAGAAAAAUACACCGCAGUAAAUCGCAAAUUUUGGGUAUAGAAAGAGAAGACAAAAUUCCAAAGGUAAAUGUCAACCAUGCAAGGUUCUAAGUGAUUGAGUCAUUAAUACUGAAUUGAUCAAUACGGGGAUGACCCUUACUGGAUGUCUAUAUAGGAAGAACAGUUUAGAACUGAUAGAGCUAUCCAGUAUAAAUAAAGUUAGUUUAGUUUAGGUUUCCUCCUGUAGUAACACUGGAUCAAUAAGAGAUGAUCCUUACUGCAUGGAUCUCUAUAUAGGAAGAACAGUUUAGAACUGAUAGAGCUAUCCAGUAUAAAUAAAGUUAGUUUAGUUUAGGUUUCUUCCUGUAGUAACACUGAAUCAAUAAGAGAUGAACCUUACUGGACCUCUAUAUAGGAAGAACAGUUUAGAACUGAUAGAGCUAUCCAGUAUAAAUAAAGUUAGUUUAGUCUAGGUUUCCUCCUGUAGUGACACUGGAUCAAUAAGAGAGGAUCCUUACUGGACCUAUAGGAAGAACAGUUUAGGACUGAUAGAGCUAUCUAUGAAUAAAAUUGGUAGGUUUAAACGAUAUUUUUUGUAGGGUAUUUUAAGACGGGCUAAAAAACACAGACAAGAAUUAAAUCCAGAGUUAUUACUUCCAGAAACUCCAAGACCACUGAGGGUAAAAAUAUUACUUUUGUUUUAAUAGUCACUUUUUCAUUGACUUAUCUAUUUACAUUUCAUUCACUGGAUUCUCAAAUGGUAAAAACAUGGUACAAUUUACUUCGUCUAUCGAAGAAGCAGAAUGCAUUUCGUAUUUCACUAAGCACUAUCAGAGAGUUUGCGCAAGACAACGAAGUACGAAGACGAAGGCGUACUUGACAAUUUUUGCCGUCUGCACAUUAUCUUGCGCAUACCGAGUUGGACGUCACUGGUUGUUGCUCAACGUGUCUUCCCAUGUGUCGCUGUUUAUGAAUACUGACCCUAAUUCUUGCCCUGACCCAGAAAAAAAACAGCGAGACAUGAAACUAUAUCCCGUCUUUGUCCUUCUGCCUUCGUUCGGAACGAAGUUCACAACGAAUUUUACCAAAAUAUUCGUUGUGAACGAAGGCAGAAGAACGAAGACGGGAUAUGGAUUCAUGUCUCGCUGUUUUGUCCUGAUCAAGGUAAGGAUUUGGGUCAGCAUUCAUAAACAGCUAGACAUGAAUCUCUAAUCUGCUUAACCCCUGAUCAUAGACUGAGAAUGCGCAAGGUAGUGUGCAAGACAGGCAAAAAUUGUCAACCACGUCGUCGUCGUACGACUUCGUUCCUUGCUCAAACUCUCUAUCGUGCAACAGAUAGUGGGCAACCUGCAGUUAUCAGAGCGGGAAAAUAAUGUUCAUUAUUUUCAUUAUAUGUAGUACUGUCUUGUAUUUGGAGGCAAAUUUGUAGUUUAAUUUUCUUACUCCUAUAAGCAUCAGCCUUUCUAAGGUUGACCACCAUCUUUACCGAAACAUCCUCUAAACACACUUCAUCUAAUAUCCACAACUGUACAUUAUACAAUCCACUCUUAUCCAUGUUUGUCCUCUACAGCUCACAAGAUCCUCGGCGUGCCUCUCGACCCAGUUCCACGCGGCUGGAGGAAAGAAAAACGUGACGUCGUCAUUAAAAGGAGGAAUAGGCGCAAAAAUAACAAGGAAUUCAGAGAAACGAAACAAGGGAUUAUUGAAGGAAAUAAACAACGACGUACAACGAACAAAAUCGGGACGCCUGGUCAAGAAAUGUGAAAGACUCUGCCUUUGAAAUGUGAAAACGAUAAAAUGACUCAUUGUAAAGUUAAUACCAGUAAAGCAAUUUUGAAAUGAAAUGAAAGGCAAUUUUGAUGCACAUGUGUUUCAUAUUUAGUAUGAUUGGG